CUUUUGUUUGGUUUAGAAAUGCUAGAAAACAUAAAUGAUAAUUUGUUGGUAAUUAUACUCGAUAUUAACGCUGCUUGGUGGGCAAGUCAGUUUCAAAAUAACAAUGAUGUGUUUCAGAAAUGUAUUGACAGUGUUUUGGUAUUCUGUAACUCAUACUUAAUGUUAAAUCACACAAACAAACUUGCUUUGGUUGUAUGUAAUUCAGAGCAAGCCUGCUUUUUAUAUCCUAAUUCAAGCAAGUCAACUUCUGGUAUAAGCAUUGAAGCUUCUCAGAAAGAUGGAAAGUACGAAUUGUUUUCAGAAAUGAAUGAAACUCUCCAGUGUGAAUUUAAACGUUUAUUUGCUGAAUCCGUUAGUAAUAUGACCAAUCGACCCUCUUUGUUGGCCGGAGCAUUAACCAAAGCUCUUUGUUACAUUCAUUCUCACGAUAGGACAGCGAACGGACGUCGCACCAACGCUAGAAUACUUAUAAUUAAAGGCUCAUCGGAUAGCUCUUCGCAAUAUAUGACUGUCAUGAACUGUAUAUUUGCGGCUUCAAAGAAAAACAUUGUUAUAGAUUGUUGUGCAUUGCAGAACAAUUCUGGUUUUAUGCAGCAAGCUUCUGAUAUUACAGGUGGUGUAUAUUUUUUUAUUGACGAUUUCUUUGGUAUGUUAGAGUAUCUUUUAUGGAUUUUUUUACCUGAUCCCGGAUUGCGUGAAAAACUCAAUUUACCAACAUCCUCACAAAUUGAUUAUCGCGCAGCAUGUUUUUGUCAUAAGCAGUUAGUUGAUGUUGGUUUUGUUUGCUCGGUUUGUUUAUCCAUAUAUUGCCAGUUUAUGCCGAAAUGUGCAACAUGUCAAACACGUUUUAAAUUACCUUCGUUGCCAUUAAAUGCUAAGUCUAAAAAGAAAUAGUUUUUUGAUUCGAUUACUCAAAGGAAUAACUUCUCACUUCGAUUACUUAUUACAUUAUAAAGUAAAUAGAUUGUAAGACUUAUUACUUAUUAAAAAGCAUGAAAACAUAA